CUUUGACACCCAGCGUAAUAAACGCCUUGUGAAUUCUGGAGUGACUGAACGUGUAUAUUUUUUAAAUCGACAAAGUGAAAUAACCAGCGGAAAUGGCCAGAAGUCGAGACAUCAAUAAGGAGCUCUCAGGUGUACUGAAUGAGCUGUGGAGGUUAGAUGUGAACCGCAUGAAACCUGGAGUAGACUACAAAAUCAACCUACAGGCUAAAGCUGGCGUUGUUGAGGGCAGGAAUAAGGCCAGUGACUACGCUAGAGCUCCUCUCUUCUCUUACGUCAAUGAAGACAAGCUCAAAAGCAUUGAUACUUAUGCCCACUUCAUAAAUCUGCUGGACAAUUAUGAGAUGGCUACAGGAGUGGCUGAGCAGGUGACAAAAGAUGAAAUUCAGGAGAACCGUCUUUUCCUGGAUGCCAUUAUGAAGACUGAAGUCAUGAAGUGUGCACACAAGUAUUUAGUACGCAAAGGUCAGGCCCAGUCGGACCCAGCUCAGUUUAAGAGCCAGCUCUAUGACAUCUGGUUCAAACUCUAUCACAGAGCCAGAAGUGGAGGUGAAGAUUCCUGUGGAUUUGAGCAUGUGUUUGUUGGUGAAACCAAGCGUAGUACAGAGAUCAUGGGUCUCCAUAACUGGGUCCAGUUUUACAAACAGGAGAAAAACAAACACGUGGACUACAAAGGAUACAAUGCCAGAGAUAAUAAAGAUACGCCAGAUGAGGAUGAUCACUUGUUAAACCUGCAGUUCAGCAGUGAUGGCCUGGUGAAGCCAGUGGGCAGCUGUUUCAUUGGUGUCAGUCCAGAGUUUGAGAUGGCCAUCUUUACUAUCGUCUUCUUUAUGUCUGACAAGUGCAUGACAACUGCUAAGGUGAAGGUGGACGAGUACCUGGUAGAGAUUGUGGUGUGCAGAAUUGGGUGCUCCAUUGGAACAUCAUACCCCAAAUUGAUCUGCAACAAUGACCGGGACCAUUAGAUCACAGAGCAAGGUCACAUCUUAUUGUUUUGGGAAAAAUGGGCUAAGUUUGACCACCACUAUUGCUGACAGUUGCUUAUGAGGUUAAAAAUCCUUACAAUUACGUAAACCCUUGAAAUUGUAGUUUAAAAAUGUAUUUUAGUUUAAUUGUGUGUGUUUUAAAAUUUGUCAUAUCACAAAUUAUUUAUUUCAAAGUUGGAUUUUGGUUUUUAAUCUAGUCUAUACCCCUAUUCAAAUUUUACAUGGUUAGACAUAUGCAAAUAAUUUUUUUUUAAAGUUGGCAUCUCCGUUUGCACUCAGGCCCAGUUGGGUAAGCAUAUUUUUUUUUUUUUUGGUUUAUAAACUGCUCAUAAAUGGUAGAAAAUGUAUAAGGUUAAAACUAAUUUCAAAUAAUAUAAACAUUGAUUUUAACUAGUAAUAAUAUAUAUAAUGUGUAUGUAUGUUCAUGUACUCUAUUCUAAUACUGCAGUUAAAUGUGUAGUUCAUAAACAAAAUCACUCUUCUGCUUAUUUCUUCAGCCUUAUAGACUUAUAGAAGACAAUGUCAUGGCAUCUAAGUUACACUUCUGUUACUUAUGAUUGGGUUUCUCUUUUAUAAAAGAUAAUUUAGCAUUUGUAUAAUGAAAACAUCAUAGUUAGAACAUUUACAGUAUAUACUGUACCAAAAAAGCCUUACUGGGGUAAUACAUGUGUUUUUUAAUUGUGGCAAAUUCAUAUGUGCCUUAAGUUUGUUUCAAUAAAAACACGUAU